AUGGGGGUGUAUCGCAACUCUUCCUUCUCCAACCUCUGCAUUUCUUGUCUUCAGGCGCAGAGACGCCGGAUGUUGUUGGCCUCCAGCAGCAGCGGCUUUGAGGAAGUGCUGCCGCCGGCGUCGGCCGCAACACUGCGGAGGUCGUUUUCCUCAACAUCGCUACUUCGACAAGAUGGAUCGAGCGACAAGGCCCAGUCCCAGGCCCAGCAGAGUACUAACGAUGCAUCGAAUAACCAAACGCAAGAGGAAGGUGCCAUGUCGCGGAGACUGGCCGAAAUGACCGAAGAAGCCCUACUGGAGGGCGGGCGAUCCGCGCGCAAAAGCAUUCAGGAGGCGGGGUUCUCGGAGGAGCUGAAGCAGCAAUUGGAAGAGAGGGUGAAGGCCAGUGCCUUUAAGAGUGAGAAUGCUGCUGCUUUUUCCGUUGCGAAUAUGCCGUCCAGCGCAGGCAAAGGAACACGAGACAUCGCCGCCGCCUCGCCAUGGACAGGGUCCGAAAGCUUCCAAGAUACCACCCUUCGCAUGCUCGACGAUUCCAAAAAGCCGAUGCGCGUUCCCUAUAAAAUCCCCCAACCGACGGCCGCCCCCGUCAACGUCAACCUCAAACCGACGUCGAAAAAGCCCCAAUCCACUGGCCAUCGUCUGGCUGAUGCGCGGGAUCGCGCAGCCACAUACGCCAUGAGCCAGGGUUCCGGGCUCACAGACGAGGAGCGCGAGGCGCUCCGGAAGGAGUUCAGCCAGCGGUUCGAAGCCGGUGCGCGGUCACUGCCCAUGACCAUCCAGGGGCUGGCCUCCCUUGCGAACGAGCGGAUCGAAGACGCCAUGGCCCGCGGCCAAUUCAAGAACCUGCCCCGGGGCAAGGGCAAGCACGUGGAGAGGGACCACAACGCAAGCAGCGCCUUCAUCGACACGACCGAGUACUUCAUGAACAAGAUCAUCCAGAAGCAGGAGAUCGUACCGCCGUGGAUCGAGAAACAGCAGGAGCUGACCAAAGAGGUGGAUCGCUUCCGACAGCGGCUUCGGAGCGAGUGGAGGAGACAUGCGGCCCGGCUGAUCGCCAGCCAGGGAGGCUCGCUGGAGCAGCAGGUCCGCCGUGCGAAGGCGUACGCCGCGGCAGAGGCUCGGCUGGCAUCGUCGAAGCGCGCCCAAGCUGCCAUUUCUUCUUCUGAUACAGAGUCAUCAUCAUCAUUCACACCAAUCACCCACGAAGGCCGGUUAUCUUCCAGACCAGACCCAGAAGCAAAACCAGAAUCACAAUCUACGGCCACAGAUUCAAACUCGUCCGAUGACACUGAGCCCCUCCCCAACCUCCCUCCCCUCCGCGAUCCCUCAUACCUAUCCAUCGAACGCGGCUACUACGAGCUGCAGAUCAAGACGAUCAACGACAUGACGCGGUCGUACAACCUGCAAGCGCCGCGUCUGGCCCAGAAGCCGUAUCUGAAUCUCGAGCGGGAGCUGGACGCCUGCUACGCGGAUGUUGCGCCGACGCUAGCGGACGAGAUUGUGCGCCGAGCGACGGAGAAGAGAGCGCCGGAUUCGAGCGCUCGUGAGGAAAAGAGUUCGGGCUCAGGAGGGGGUAUCUUCGAUGCCUUGACUGGCAAGCAGCAGGUUCGGGUCUAUGAGGAGGAUCACUCCAAGACUUACGGGCUGAAAGAGUUUUGGAGAGACCUCUGGGGGAAGAAAGAGGAAAGACACACUAGCUAA